UUGAGUUGACUAUUUAAAUAGGAAAUCAAUUUCCUUUCUUGUUUAUUCCAUUGAAGAAGUUGUCUUCCUUCAUCUGGAUCCGGUAAAUGGGUCGUAUGAUUUCUCAGUUGGUCCUACCAUUUCACUUGCUGCUAAUGCUGGGUGUCUCUCUGGCUUCACUAAAUGACCAUCGCUACAACAUUGGAGAUGAAGUCCCUCUUUUUGUCAACAAAGUUGGUCCUUUGAAUAAUCCCAGUGAAACAUACCAAUAUUAUGACCUGCCAUUCUGCCAGCCAGGUGAGCUGCUUCCGGAAAAGGAAUCCCUUGGGGAAGUUCUGAAUGGUGACCGUUUAACCAAUACCUUGUAUCAGUUGAAAUUUGGAGCGGAGAAAGAUGGGGUUGUCCUGUGCCACAAGAAGCUUGAUCAAAAUGAUGUCUCAAAGUUCAGGGCUGCUAUUAUUAAAGAUUACUACUACCAGAUGUACUUUGAUGAUCUCCCUUUCUGGGGAUUUGUUGGGAAAAUUGAAGAUGAACUCUGGACCCUGGAUGGAAAGGGCCCCAAGUAUUUUCUCUUUAAGCAUGUCCAAUUUGAUGUUCUUUACAAUGGAAACCAAGUCAUAGAAAUACAUGCUCUCAGUGAUCCAAGCAAUGUUGUGGAUAUAACAGAGGAUAUAGACCUAAAUAUUACCUUCACAUAUAAUGUACGCUGGAAUGAAACAUCAAUUCCAUUCAAGAAUAGAAUGGCAAGAUACUCUAGGGCUUCGGCAAAACCAGUGAACCAUCAAAUUCAUUGGUUCUCGAUAAUUAAUUCAAUUGUUAUUUCUGUUCUGCUGAUGACCUUUUUUGCUGUGAGUAUGAUGCAGCGCCUUAAGAAUGAUCUGAGAAAAUGGUCUAGCGGUGAUGAAGAGGAAGACAAAGAAGUGGGUUGGAAGUACCUUCACGGUGACGUUUUUAGAUGUCCACCAAACAUGCCUCUGCUCUGUGCAGUUAUUGGUGCUGGUACCCAGCUUUUGACCUUGUUCUGCUGCUUAUUUAUAUUGGCGUUUCUUGGUGUCUUAUAUCCAUAUAAUCGUGGAACUCUCUUGACAUCCUUGGUCAUAAUUUAUACCCUUACAUCUGCAGUUGCAGGAUACAGCUCUGCCUCCUUCUACUGUCAAUUUAUUGAAACUGGAUGGGAAAGGAGCGUUACUUUCUCCACGGUGCUCUUUCUUGGACCAUUCCUCUUAAUGCAGUUUUUCCUUAAUUCAGUCACGGUAUCAUUUGGGGCUACUUUAGCUAUUCCAUUUGGCACCAUACUUGUCAUUAUUCUUGUUUAUACCCUCGUCGCUAUUCCACUGCUUGCUCUUGGCGGGAUAAUUGGCAAUCGGCGUAGGUCUGAGUUUCAAGCACCAUCUGCCACAAAGAAGUGCGCAAGAGAGAUUCCAUCUCUAGCUUGGUACAGGAAGACACCUGGUCAAAUGUUUUUGGCUGGUCUUCUACCUUUCAGUGCCAUUGUUGUUGAGUUACACCAGUUGUAUUCUACCCUUUGGGGCUACAAGAUUUCGACUCUUCCUGGUAUUCUGUUCUUUAUGUUUAUAAUCCUCAUGCUGCUCACUGUGACCCUAAGCAUCGGUUUGACAUAUAUUCAGCUGACAGUGGAAGACCAUGAAUGGUGGUGGCGGUCUAUUUUCCGUGGGGGCUCAACUGCUGUAUUUAUGUUUGCCUACUCCAUAUACUUCUAUUGCAAAUCAAACAUGAGUGGGGUCUUCCAGACUACCAUCUUCUUUGUAUACAACACUUGCAUAUGCUAUGCAUUUUUCCUUAUGCUUGGAACAAUCAGUCUCCGCUCUUCCUUGAUGUUUACCCGUCACAUCUACCAUGCUGUAAAAAGUGAAUGAGAGUCCUCCUUGAUUGCUACUAUUUGAAGCACUCUUCAGUGAUCUGUGAAGUUGAACUAAAAGGGUUUCCAUUUUCGUGCUUGAUAUCAUUUCACAACCUCUUCAGUGAUAUGAGAAAGCUAAACAAAAUGAGAAAAUGUCUCUUGUUUUUGGACAACUGAGCAUUGACAGCAAAACUAGCAGAAGUUGAUGUCAAAUUUGGAAACUACUUGGCAUCCCU